AUGAAUUCGCAAAAGGUUGCGCAGCAGUCGCUGCGGCGAUUGGCAUCUCCCUCGGCUUUGACGUCGUCGAUGGCCAAGUUCGCUUCUCCGGCCGCCAUUGCGACAGGCAGAUACAUGCAGAUUAGACCAACUUCAUCCACCACCACCACCAACACAGUCGACCCUACCAAGAUCCUUCCUCAGCAGCGUCUGAACCGGCCCGUCGCCCCUCACCUGUCCAUCUACCGCCCCCAGAUCACCUGGUACGCCAGUGCUCUGCACCGUAUUACCGGCUCGCUCGCCUCUGGCGCUCUCUACGUCUACGCAUCCGCUUACCUGAUUGCCCCCGUCAUCGGCUGGCACCUUGAAUCCGCAUCGGUCGCGGCUGCGUUUGGUGCUCUGCCAUUGCUGGCCAAGGUCCUUAUCAAAUUCGGCCUGGCCAUGCCCGUUACGUUCCACAGCUUGAACGGCAUUCGGCAUUUGACUUGGGAUUUCGGAAAGCAGCUUACGAACCAGCAGGUCAUCCGGACGGGAUGGACUGUGGUGGGACUUAGCACUGCUGCUGCUCUUGCGCUCGCGCUUUUGUAA